UUUUAAAGGAUCAACACUUCUCCUCUACAAUUUUCCUUGGGUCAUUACAUCUUUUUAUUUCCAAGUCUUUUGUAAAAUGGGUCUAAAAUCUGUGUUGUGUGCUCAGAUAGAAGUGAAGGCUAACAAGGAUGUGUUUCAUGAUGUCUUUACACAUAAACCACACCAUCUCUCUACCAUGUGCCCUUUGCAUAUACAAGGUUGUGAGCUUCUUGAUGGUGUCUUUGGAACUGUUGGAUCCAAACUUUUUUGGACAUAUACCCUUGAAGGGAAAGAGAAGAUUUCGAAGCAGGUAGUUGAAGCUAUAGAUCAUGAAAAAAAGGUGAUCACAUUCAAAGAAUUUGAAGGAGAUCUAGUUGAUAAAUAUAAUGACUGGAAGGCAACUCUUCAUAUCGAAACGAAAGGCGAAAUCGAUUUGAUAAGCUGGACAAUCGAGUACGAAAGACCAAAUGAGAAUGUCCCUGAACUUAUAAAUUUGCUGGACUUCAUUGUUGGUAUGACCAAAGUUAUUGAUGAUCACCAUAUCAAGAUGAAUUGAUGAGAUCAUAUAUAUAUAUAUAUGCAUCCUUGUGAGCUUUAUAUAAAUAGUUGCUUUGUUUGUUGUUUGAGAGUAUUGUAAGAAAUAAUCCAUGUUGGUUGCGUACUUUCUAUUUGGUUCUUAUGUUUACUGAUUUGAUGUUUGUUAUGUUUUCCCCGUGUAAGCAAUAUGUUAUCAGCUAUGUUAACCUUUGUGUUGUGUAAUAAAAUAUGGGUAUGAAGUUUAUAUA